AUGGAUCCCCCAAAAACCAGAAGACUCAGUGAGUUCAGAAUGGUCCCCAGACCUCCAGCUCAGUACCUCCGCUUUGAGGACAUCAGUGCUGCAGCCUUCAGGAUCCAGUCAGGGAUACAGAAGACACCUUGCACGUACUCUAGACUGUCCAAACAGUACGGGAUGGAUAUCUACCUGAAGAAGGAGCACCUGCACUACACGGGCUCGGUGAAGGAGAGAGGAGUGCUGUACCUGCUCACCUCCCUCACACAGGAGCAGCAGAGGAAGGGUGUGAUUGUGGCCACUGACUGUAACUUCUCCAUGGCCAUGGCUCAUCACGCAGUGGAGCUGAAGAUUCCUGUAUUUGUCAUCAUGCCAUCGUCCUGCUCCUCACCCCGGCUUCGGAUCUACAGGGACUACGGUGCCAUGGUCAUCUCCUACGGCAGCACCACCCACGACUCCCAGAACCACGCCCGCCAUCUGGCCAAAGAGAAUGGAUACCUCUACCUGGAAGAGGAUGAAAAUGCAGUGUACCUGGCAGGACUGGGCACUGUGGGCAUGGAGAUCUUUGAGCAGGUGUCCAAAGUGGAUGCAGUUAUUGUUCCUGCAGCAGGACAGUACGGACUUCUGGGUGGGACUGCUGCAGCCAUCAAACACCUCAACCCUCAGAUUCUUGUCAUAGGUAUCGAACCAGAAGGUUUCCCUCUGCUGCGACAGUCUCUGAAAACAGACAGUCCAAUCAAAGACUUGCACAGCAACCCUAACAAGAAACUUUAUGGAGAUCUUAUGGAGCGCUCCCUUGGUGCAAACACCUUCCAGCUGGCAAAGAAGCUGGUAGAUAAAGUCAUAUCUGUCAGAGAGGAAGACUCUCUGGUGGCGAUGCUGAGGUUUCAGGAGUUUGAACGCUCCACAGUGGACACAGAAGGAGCCAUGGGACUGGCUGCCAUCUUGGCUGGGCAACUACAAGAACUGAGAGGAAAAAGGGUUGUUGUUGUGGUGAGCAGUGCCAACAUGGAGCCAGAGCUGGUGAGGCAGUGUGUGGACCGGGCUUUGGUACUGGACGAUAGGGUCAGUAAGUUCUCGGUGGAGCUGGGAGAGUGGCCAGGAGACAUGGCCAAACUACUGGAUGUACUUUCCAGGGAGGAUGUCAGGUUGUUGGAUGUGUGCCAUCGCAGACACAGUGACAAGUCAGACCUCUUCAAGGCAAAGGUGGAGUGUGUGGUGGAAACCAGGGAUAAGACACAAAGUGCUCAGCUGCGCAAGACACUGAAUGAGCGCUACCCUUCAAUAAGCUGGCUGGACCGGUGA